AAGCUGGAACGGAGGCUACGUCGGAACCACAGAAUCAAAUCCGGCAGAUCGGAAUCGCUGCCGUUACUGGUCUAACUCAGACUUCUUGAUUCCAGUACAUCUUAUUCCCGGCUCCGGCAUGCUUCGCAUCACGGUCCGGGGAAUGAAUCAUAUGCGGCGCUUCGAGCACCUAUAUUUGGGGCACGCUUGCAUUCUUGUGUCGGCCACGAAUCAGAUGUUCCCGUUCCGCCGGACGUUAAUACUCCAGCCAAAGGAAAGUGAUUCAACUUCUCGCAUCCGCCCCACUCCCUCGCCAUUGUCUGAAGAUGACAGAGUUCGUGGGCCUGGAGUCAUAGCGGUCGCGCCGACAAAGGUAGUCGUCGGCUUCACUGAUGUUCACGGCGCACUGUCUGCCAAAACGCAUCACCGCUCGGAAAAUGCAGAUGUUCUGGGUGAAGUCAUUGUCCGAUUGCAUCAGCAAAGGCCAGGGUGUCCAAUAAAUACAGCAUCGCUCCCCGCGAGAGGGAGAAAUUCGCGCAUACGACUCAGAAUAACUCUCCUUGGAAUCUCCGGUGCCAUAACUAGACGACCUACGGCGACGUCACACUCAGUCUCCCAACCAUGUCCUGUAGCUCCAUGCGAGGACUUGUCAAUAGAGGACGUGCUGAUUGUCGUGUGCUACAAACAGCAGGGAGACGCAAAACCGACUAAAAUGUCCAUUUUGGCUCCUAUGCCGAGUAAGUGUAGGAGGGACUUUUUUGCUAGCGCGGAGGAAGUUUUAGUAUGGCUGCCACUGAACUGGGACGCCGACCUGGCAUGCGGUUGCAGUGCAGCAUUCUGGAUUGAGCUUCGGUCUGCGAAACAAUUGCUCGGGAUUGCAUUUACGGGAGUGAGCGCCCUGGCGAAGAUCCCAAGGCGUGUCAGCGAAACCGAUAUCUCCUAUCUCGAGUUGCGAAAUAGGUUCAAUGUGCGUUGUGAUUCGGUAGCCGACUCGACAUUCUCUCAGCGGCUUUUGCGACCAAGCAAUGCAAAGCACAAGUGCGAUUUCUUGGUGAGCUUUCCCGCAUUUGCGGUGAUGCGCGCUCGGAUCCACCAUCGGAUACUGCUAGAGGAGGUGCAGCUCACUAAGCGGCGUGGGAAGCAAAUGACUGGCCGGCGUGCAAAGUCAGGUCCGCUGCUUCCAUUGCUCUCAGCACUUGCCGGUGAUGACAUUAUCUCCAGACUUAGGCUUGUUAUGAUAUGUCCAAUCUUUUUUGGUAGCAAUAUCCCCGAGAGACUUCCAGAGAUAGGCGUCUAUUGGUGUGGCGAGCGGGUUGGCUUCUGCCAGUACCAUCCAGGGAAGCCUGACCGAACUGCUUUCUUGCUCCCAUUCGGCCGCGGUGUCGUCAGUGCUCAGAGAAACAAAGACUUCCUAGAGCUGAGAGUAAGGAGCAAGCCCUCUACCAACACUUCCCUAAGAGCGGCACGCGUCACGCACGUGGACUCAAUAUUACUCUCUUGGGAUGAAUUCCAACGACUGCCUUCGGCGCAGACGGACUAUUACAUAGACCCCUCCCACAUACGGUCUCCAUACAACAUGAGCAGACUCGUCGCAACGCCACCAAUUGAAUUCGAGCUUUCUCGGGCCGGUAAAGCUGGUAAAGUAAUGGCUGCCAUAUCAGAUGGGCAUGGAACUGUCUUCUUGCGCGCGGGGACCGGCUCGAUCACUCUUCAUCUUGUGGUGGAGGAGUCCCGUGCUUCAGCACCCCAUGCAGUUUCGAUCCAGCUGGAGGGUCUAGCAUCUCUGCAAGACCCUCGAUUUCAAGGGAAUAAUAUGCGCGAACCAGCUUCAUUCGCAACUACCGAAGGCAGUUUAGUCGGUGACACACGGUGGCCUGGGUCGAUUCAACGCUGGCCCUUUGCCUCUGUGUUUGGUCCAGGACCUCGGGGGGGCUCCGUGCGCAAUCAAGCAGAGUGCAACAGUCCGCAAUGGCAUGGUUCUAGUCCGUGGAAUAAUAUCGGUGUUGACUUGAAGAGUGCCUUUCAUCUCCCAACACCGAGAGUCGUAUGGCCUAGUUCUUCCACGCAUCCCCCCUGUUCUAUCGAUCUCCUUGUUGUUCACUUUGGAAAGUACUCAGAUAAUGAAUGGACAGAGGCCAGGCGCAUCCAAGCCCAGGCCCGACAGGUUCUUGCGUGCAGGCGCAUUGCGCGUGAGCGCGCGAGAAUAGUGGCAUGUCAACCAGAUGGUUCGGCUCUGGCUGCUGUUACAUUGAUCCAAAAAACAUGGAAAUCACACGGUCGGCUGCAGUUAAGGAAAGGCGCAUCUGCAGUGACCAGUCUAAUGCUUUUGAAGCUAGGGCCCAAUAAGCGAUCACCAGACGUGAGCUCAUCAACUCACUGUGAUCGCGACGAAUGCGACGCGGUGAUCUGCGUUCUUGGUAGCGAUGAUCUUGUUUAUUCACAUUCGACGACGACUAAAUAUGAUCCGUUUGUGUUGAUAACGUUCAAUGGAGUCAAAAUUGGCCGGACAUCCACCAAGUAUAGGAGCACGCGACCACUCUGGCACGAAAAGUGCUUUUUGCACUUAAAAAGUACCAUUUUCCCUGAGAGAGGCCAAGACCAGGGGACAAUUGAUACCCUCGCAGAGAAGCUCCCGGUUUUUGUCGUCAUGGUGCUGCAACCGGAAGAUCGAGUACGAGUGCUCUACGCGGCACUCGCCACGACCUGCGACUUCCAGAGGGUCAAAACUCGGGCCCACGCCGCGAGGGAAGUGUUUCUCGUCGCGCGCCACGGUGAUCGACUAAUAUGCACGGAAAACGUAGAUUUCACGCAGUGUGAUCGACGGCGAUGCACGUACGCAGGUUUGCUAGCUGAUCGAAUCGGAUUUCCUGCAACAGGGAUUAUUGGCGGGGACGAGAAGACUAGAAUCGAAGCACUCGUAGGUCGAGUGCUAGAAUUGGAAAUUUGGGCCAGAACAAUCGAGUCUAAUGCGCUUUGCAUCGGCCGCGGGACAGUUGCCAAUUUAACAAGAACUUCCAUGCAACCCUGCAUCCGUCUCAUGGACUACUCGGGUGAGGAGACGCUGGCAGACAUGCAUUAUUCUUUCGGUUUUGUGCGUCUUCAGGUUACGUUUUCUUGUAGUACAACACAUUCCCCGGCCCAGCACACGACCAGUAUGAGGUCCACAUUGCGGCCUAGAUCUCAAUUCCCGCGGCCUCGACCUUCUUUCUAUCUUCAAGCAUCCAAAUUUACGUUAGAAAUUGCCCACGGGUCACCGUGCCAUCUGAGGUCGCUGCGCACCCUAGACCCGUAUAUAAAAUUCACACUGGGUUUUUACACUCAACGCUCGUCAGUUCUGAGCGCUGUUGGCCCCAUUGGCCCCUUGAUGACCUGGCCGCCAGGAGAAGUUGUAACACUAGCUGGUUGGCAUACUGCCCCAUACUCUACCUUCAAAAUUGAACUAUUUCACGACCGCAGUCCUUGUUCAGAUGAUACUUUUGGUUCAAAGUCGAUAGACCUUUCUUGCUGCACAAAUCAAUGGCACCCUCAGAAAGUGGCGAUUUCUGCAAAUGCCACACUCUCUUUUUCACUGACGCGAAUGGAAACGGGUGCUCCGGUACCACAAAAGUGCCAGGCAGUACCACAGCAGUCUUGCAGUUCCACCAGUCAAGGUCGCCUUACAUUAGUCCCUGAGAUUUGUAGCACUUACAGAGGACAUGACCUUAAAUUUUACAAAUUGACCGCCACACUCUCGCCGGGAACAGAGUACUGGGGAGCAAAGUGCAAGGACGCACGGGAAUUCUUUGUUCUUGCACGCAUGUGUGGACGAUGUGCGAAGACGACCACUAAACAUGGCUGUGAUUGGCGAGAGGAGGUUCUCUCGCUACCAGCUGAAUCUAUUCCUGAUGUUAUUCAUAGGUCCUCAAGCCACGAGGUGACAUUUCAGCUGUGGAAUAAUAACUUCCUCGUUGGUGAAGCUCGUAAACACAUUGGCAAAUGUCUGACACAGGUUGGAACUCAGUGCGCGUUUGAGCUCCGUCUAUCGCGUCCGCAUUCGAUCAAGACAAGGGGAAGUUUGCAUCUCUGUGUGGUAGCAAACCCCGCAUACGAUUAUUUCACGGACGAGAUUGCCGGGCUCGCCCCCGGGAACGAGUUGUUAGUGGCUAUAAUCCAGGCACGUAACCUUCCUGUUACAGAACGCAAAUCUGACCCCCUAGUGACUGUAAGUUGCAACGGGGAGUACACGUCUUCGUCAUUGAGGCCUAUUUCACCCUUCCCAGUUUGGAAUGAGGUCCUAACAAUGCGUGCAUUCGCAGAUUUCGAUGGUGCUAAUGCGCUUGAGUUGAUGGCAGAUAUAUUCGACGGAGAUGUCUCCUCUGACGAUGUACUUUUGGGAAGCGGUAGGAUGUCAAUUUCGAUGUUAGCCGACGGUGUGACGAAACGCACGUGGCAUGAUUUGGUUGUAAAGCCCAGUCAAAAUGGUAUGCCUCCUUGUUCUGACUUGAGAAAAGGUCGAUCUGAGCUCCUCCCUAGAGCCAACCAUCCCGAAGGCCCUACACUUUCAUCCACUCGUGGGGAGCUGGAACUUGCUCUUCAAUGGCGGCACUACACUGAGUCAUAGUUUUUUUAGACAUCCUUCCCUCUACUUCAAGCUCUGCCCACGAAAUUUUGGUAUCUUUGCGCCACUU